CAGGUUUUCUUUCCAAAAGAUUUUAAAAUAUUUAAAGAACUUUUGAGGAUCAAUUGUCGCUUUUUUGUUCACCGGCGGAGGAGAUCCGAAGUACUUUAUGUCUCAUGAGUUGUUGUAGAAUCUGAUUUUUAGGAAUGCCCUAAUCUGAUUUUUUGUGGAGUGAUUCUGCAUCUCGGCAAAUGGUUUUGAUUUUUACGAAAAGUAAUCCGCAAAUUUUAAAUGGAUUCAGCUGCCUCAGCUAGCGGAACUUCAGAUAAUUCUGGAAGAUCGAAAGCCGAAGUGGAGGUGAUAGUUAUCGGGUCGAGCUCGGAGGACGAAGAUACUAGCCCUGAGCUCGAGGUGGUUUACUGCGGCCCAGGCGAGAACCUUUUACGGAGCCGAAAAAAGCAUCGUUCUUUAGUCGGCUACCAAAGCGAUGAUCCUUCAGCUGAUCGUUUGCCGCGACCGCGUUCAGCUCCAACGACCACCCAAGAGUCGCCAUCAGCUCCUAAUACAGCGCGCUUGCAAAGAAACGUUCAAAAAACUCCAAAUAAGCAAAAGCGGUCAGGUUCGGUUGCAAGUGAUCCUGGACCUGGACCAUCUUCAUCGCGAAAGAAAAAAAUCAUAUCUCAAAAGGAAAAGUGGGGGCUUGUAGGGAGAGGUAAGAGAUCUCGCAAUCGAAAGACUAGCGAAGAUUUUGAUACCUCCGAAUCACUUGAGGAUGGCGAAACUGUUCCUGGAUCCAUCUCGGACGAAGUGGAAGAAACUCAUCAGCCGGAUGAACUGGCCUUUCCGGAACCAAGAUUUAGUGAUAUGGUCAUCGCUAUAACCGAUUCGGCAUUUUGGCUCGUUCUAACGGAGCAGAGUAUUAUUAUCGCUGGAAUCUGUCGCGUAAACUGUAUUGUGGGUUCCGCGGAGAUUUGUGGAUAUGCUCUCACGCCGGAAAGCGGCCAGUUGACCAUCCCAUCCUUGGGCAGCGAGAAUUGGCUGUCGGUGUUCGGUAACGGCAAUCCCAUCGACGGCGAUCAGUUCGAAAAACAGGCGUCGCUACAGUUCGAAAAGGAGUUUGUGGAUCCUUGUCGGCGGGUUGUUGACCGCUGGCCUGGUCGCUGUGUUGCUGUUCUGCUUCUUUCAUCGACAAAUCAUAUAUCGGAUCCGUUGAUGUGGCGCUGUAGUGAGUUGUUUCCGCAGUUGCAGCCUAAAAUUAUCCGGCAUUCUGUUGGCAGUGCUGAAGAGUUCUCCGCACCCAGUAAAGGCACAGACCGCACAGUUGUUCUACCCGCUGGUAAGAAUUGGAGAGAGCUUUUCCCGGGAUGCACAGUGAUCUCGCCACAAGCCAUGAACGGAAUAAGAACGCAGUCUUUCAUUGAUUUUAAGAACGAUUUCUGGGAUCGAAUCAAAACGGAAGUGAGCCAAUGCGUCACUAGCACCCAUCCAGUUAUUCUUCUCUGCGGAUCGAAAAACGUCGGCAAAUCCACAACAGUCCGGUUUAUCGUCAACUUUUUAUUGCGCCUUUAUCCAAAAGUCCACUGCUUUGAUUGUGAUCUGGGCCAGAGUGAGUGUAAUCCUCCUGGCUGUUGCGCACUCCACUCUUGCACGAAGCCGCUCCUGGGUGCGCCGUUCUGCCGGCUUCAUGAUCCAGACGCCGCUUGCUACUUGGCGGAAGUCUCACCUUCCGGUGUCAGGCAUCAGUACAAAAGGGGUUUGGAAUUCGUUUUUGGAAAGAGAACGGAACGCGUCCCGAUUGUUGUGAACACUAUGGGAUGGAUAGAAAAACUCGGACUUGAUUUGCUACACUUUACUUCCGAAUUGACCAAGCCUGAUUUGAUUAUCGAGCUGGUGAAGGAAAAAGAGACCGGUGUUAGUGCGUCACUUUAUCGGAAACCAAGCUGUCGUGUUAUCACAUUAUACUCAGCGGCGGAAAAGGCGGAACCAGCAUCGCAUGUUGCACCAGCUAUCAAAAGAAAGAUGUCGAUACUGUCAUACUUAUCUGCCAGUUCUCCGACAUUCGGACCUAUCAAUGAAUCCACUCCGUAUCGGAUCAAAUUCUCGAACAUUUCUUUAUACUUUACCGAAGUUGGUGUUUCAGUUUCCCAUUUACUGACAGUUUUGGAUGGAUCUUACGUGGGUCUUAUUCAGCUGGACAACAAAAACGGGAGGCCUGUAAGACGGGAUGUAUAUGGUGACGUUAAUGUGCUUCGAGAGUUUCCGUUGGGGAACUGCUUGGGAUUCGGAAUCGUGAGAGGUAUUGACACUAAAGCGCGUUGUUUAUUUGUUUUGACACCAUUGGCUGAUGGAAAAAUGCAGGAUGUCAAUGUAUUGAUGCACGGAACGAUCACCGUACCGGAUGAAGUGUAUUUAACACAGAAUUUAGGAAAAUGGGAAGGACCAACUCCAAAGAUGCAGUAUCAGUACAUGUACGAACGAGAGUGAAAAUUUUAGCAAUGUUCUUAGUAAUGGGAGCACAGAAUUUGUUGUUUUUUGUGCAAUGUUGCCUGCAGUUUGAAUGCGUCAGUAUGAUAACCGGCAUUUUGAAGUUUUUAUUAACAAGUUGUACGUACAAUCUUUUUUUUCGAAGAUGUACUUACUCAGUAGGUGUAACUGUUGGAACAAUGCAAACUGUAUUGCAAACUUUCCACAGCAUUGUUGUGGUAUUAAACCUCACUUUCGUA